AUGCGGAGCGUCAUCCGGACCGGCGCCCUCCGGGAUGGUCCCCCCAGCACGACCACCGCCCCAGCCUACUCCGGCAUCAAAAACAUUCCCCGGACCUACACCACCGCUCAGCCUCAUCAUUCGUCACUCAAUUCUUCGCCGGCCUUCCAUUCCAAAGCUGCAGACUGUUCUCCGGAAUCAUUGGCUACCCUAGCCAACCACGCCGAGGCCGAGCCCCCGAGCGUAGCACUGCCGGUGAGGCAUGGGGAGCGGAUCACGAUUGCGGAUAUCAAGGAGAGGCGGGCCAAGGCGGGAAGGCUCGUGGCGCCGACGGCAGCGUAUAGUGAUGCGGAUAUGUUCAAAGGGCCUACUACCGGGAAGCCUAAAGCUAAGCGUUGGGAUCACCAUCUCACACAUGAGUCUACCCUCCGGCAUCCAUGCAAGCUGAAGCAGGCCGCCAAACACCUCAACAACCCAGGGCUCAUCUCUCUCGGCGGCGGCCUUCCCUGCCCGGAAUACUUCCCCAUAUCCUCCUUAACCCUCCAUGUCCCAGCACCACCCGACUUCUCCGAAGCCGCCACGCUCGCGCCCGGCGGCGGCGAGACCUUGACGAUUGGGAAAUACGACACCACGCUACCCCCUCCCUCGGCCGGUGACGCGCUCCACCACCCGGAAUACGACCUCUCCAUCGCGCUCAACUACGGCCAGGGCAACGGGUCCGCGCAAAUGACCCGCUUCGUGACCGAGCACAUCGAACUGCUUGGCGCCCCGCCCUACGCCGACUGGGGCGUAUGCCUGACCAUCGGCAGCACCGGCGCGCUGGAGCAGAUCCUGCGCAUGUUAUGCGACGGGCCCGGCCGCGGAGACUGCGUGCUGACGGAGGAGUUCUCCUUUUCCACCGCGCUUGAGACGGCCGUGCCGCUGGAGGUGACCACGGUGGGCGUGAGGAUGGACUCGGAAGGGCUCGUGCCGGAGGCGAUGGAUGAGAUCUUGAGCCAGUGGGAUUCGGUUGCUGCCCCUGGUAGCGGUGGCAAGCUGGCUGGGAAGAGAAAGCCGCAUGUGCUCUACACCGUGCCAUCGGGCCAAAACCCAACCGGCGCGACGCAGAGCGCGGCCCGCCGUCAAGCCAUCUACGCCGUCGCGCAGCGGCACGACGUGCUCAUCAUCGAGGACGAACCAUACUAUUACCUACAGAUGCAAGCACCCGGGACGGCCCCACCCAGCACGGUGGACGAGUUCCUCAAAGGGCUCGUCCCGACGUAUCUGACCCUCGACGUGGACGGGCGUGUGAUAAGGAUGGAUUCGUUCUCGAAAGUGGUGGUUCCCGGAUCGAGGAUGGGCUGGAUCACGGCGUCGGCACAGCUGGUCGAGCGGUUUACUCGCCAUGCGGAGAUGGCGAAUCAGGGGCCGAAUGGGUUCUCGCAGGUGAUUUUGCACAAGCUGUUGGAUGAGCGGUGGGGGCAUGAGGGGUAUUUUGGGUGGUUGAUGAACUUGAGGAUGGAGUAUACCAAGAGGAGGGAUGUCAUGGCCGCGGCGUGUGAGGAGUUUUUACCUAAGGAGGUUGUGAGUUGGGCGCCGCCUCAGGCUGGCAUGUUUCAAUGGCUCAAAGUCAACCACACCAUCCACCCCCACGCAUCGGACAAGACCAUCCUCGACAUCGAAGAGGAGAUCUUCAACAACUGCAUCGCCCGUGGCGUGCUGGUGGCCCGCGGCUCCUGGUUCCGUGCCGAGCAGGACGUGGCUCCGUCUGGGCUGUAUCUGCGCGCCACGUUUGCGGCGGCCACGCCGGAGAAUAUGAGAGAGGCGAUUCGCAGGUUGGGCGCGGCGAUUCGGGAGAGUUUUCAGUUGUACGGGGUGUAA